AUGCCGCAAGGAUUCACCAGACGGGCGAUUGGCGCCUUAUUAACGGCCACCGCUCUGCUCUUAAUAUGGAGAGUUUCAAGUUACGAUGUUGCCUCUUUAGCGCCGUCGUCGUCGAAUAAUCAAAUCGCCAAAUCCGGCGGAAACCCGAGACGAAUUGCCAAAGUGUCGAUGCUGUAUGGCAAUCCGAAUCCAUUAUAUGAACGAGCGCUUCAGAGUCACGAGCGACAUGCAAAUCGAUGGGGGUAUCCCAUGUAUGUGCUACAGGAGGAUAUCUCAGAGGGUUUUUGGAAUAAACCGAGUUAUGUGUUGUCGCUUGUUAUCCAGGAGCUUGCGAAGCCAGCUGCGAAGCGGUCUGAAUGGUUGAUGUGGGUGGACGCCGACUCGAUAAUAAUCAAUCCCGCAAUCCCCGCCGACAUCUUCCUCCCUCCCUCCGACCUCUCCGAAAUUCACUUUGUCGCCUCCAAAGACCAAAAUGGGUUGAAUACCGGUAUCGUCUUCUUCCACGUCCACCCGUGGACAGUCAGCAUGCUCGUCGAAACGCUCGGACAUCCUCUGUAUCUCCCCGAAAUCGACCUAGGACGUUCCGCAGACCAAGAAGCCAUGGCUCGGAUUAUGAAAAAGACAACCGGCGGCCCCGAAGGCCAAGGAUAUGCUGCUGGAAUGGCAUACCUACCUCGUCCCUGGAUAAAUACCUACGAAUGGCACCACGCCUACGAAGGGGAAAAGGGGAAUAUGCUCGUCCAUUUCCCCGGAUUGGAGGACGAUCGUUGGCCUCAUAUGGCGAAUUGGUUGGACAUUGUUGAAAAGACACCUCUGGAAUGGGAGGUGCCGUUAAAGGAAUCUGGGUACGAUGAACUCACCCGCGAGUUUUGGGCCAAGUUCCGUGCUGCCAGGGAUCUGGCCAAUAGCGUGCAGGAGGAUAUCUGGCUGCUGCCGACGGGUACGUCGACGUCGCUGCGCCAGGCAGCCGUCAAUAACGUGCGGCUUGCGCUGCAGCAACAUGCCGAUGAGCCGGAGCUGCUCCAGCAGCAGGUUGAUGAGUUAAAGGCGGCCGUCAAGGAGGAGUCAUCUGGGCGAUAA